CUGAGUCUACAGGGAAGUGGGAAGGUGCAGCUGGAAUGUUGCCUAGGAGCUGCGAAAUGCUGCUGCUGCUGCUGCUGUCUCAGUACAGUCUGGCAGGACAGAAGCGCUGGAUGCCAGAUCAGGAAUGCUAGCAGGGGGAAGCCAGAGAGUCUGCAGAGAGCCGAACACGCCACGAUCAUGUGGAUGAGAAGAGAUAGGCUGCUGGUGUCUGCCAUCCUCACGACCAUUCUCACUGCCGACAUUUACUUUGUCCUUCUACCCAAACUGCAGGAGAAGUACUUUGGGAAUGAAUGCACUUGUCGGGAUUCUCCAGCCAGCAGCACUGGCGACAAGCUCACGGGUCACUGGCACAACACUUCCAUGACUGCCAGGAGUCCUCCACGGGGAUCAGAUGGGAUGCCAACUUCCCCCGAGUCUCAGACGGUGAGAUCGGGAUCCAAACUGGAGCAGCUUUUCACCCACCCAUUAUACAACAUCCGCACUCCGCGCCUAGGGCCAGACGAGACCCUGCUCCAGCCACAGGAAUCGAUGAGCUACUACAAGAGGAAAGUGUCCCGAUGGAACAGACAUCAGAAGUAUUACAGUGCAGCGGCAGCAGCUAUCAAUAUUUCCUUCCCCUCUAAUACCGUGACCUUUGACCCCGAAGCCAGCUGGGUAAAGUUCCACCUGGGAAUAAACCGCUAUGCUCUGUACUCCCGUGAUGAUCCCAGUAUUGAUCAGCUGCUGCGAGACAUGGGGAGCACCCCCAUUAUCAGCGCAGAUUACACUCAAGAUGAGAAAAUUCUCAAAGGCAUGUGUGACUGCUCUCAAGUGGUGAAGCCAAGUGGGCACCACCUGAAGCUGGCCCUGAAGUUCCAGGACUUCAGCAAGGCCAUGUUCAAACCCAGAAGGCAGGAAAGAGAUGAGGAGACCCCAGAGGAUUUCUUUUAUUUUGUGGACUUUCAAAGACACAAUGCUGAAAUAGCUGCUUUUCACCUGGACAGAAUACUAGACUUUCGCAGAGUGCCGCCCGUGGCUGGGAGAUUGGUUAACAUUACUCAAGAAAUCCUCUACACAACACGGAACGAAGACCUGAGGAGUGUCUUCUUCACCUCUCCUGCCAACAACACCUGCUUCUUUGCGAAGUGCCUGUACGUGUGCAAGACGGAGUACGCGGUGUGUGGGAAUCCCGACAUGCUGGAGGGCUCCUUGUCGGCCUACUUGCCUGGGCUGACCAUCGCUCCCCGCCUUUCCAUCCCCAAUCCCUGGAUCAGAUCCUAUAACUUUGCAGGAAAAGAAGAAUGGGAAGUGAAUCCAUUCUACUGUGAUGUUGUCAAGCAACUCUACCCGUACAACACUGGAAAUAGACUGCUGAACAUCAUUGACAUGGCCAUAUUUGACUUCCUAAUAGGAAAUAUGGACCGCCACCACUAUGAGAUCUUCACAAAGUUUGGAGAUGACGGGUUUCUCCUUCACUUUGACAAUGCCAGAGGAUUUGGCAGACAUUCCCGUGAUGAGAUCUCAAUCUUAGCUCCCCUGAUUCAGUGCUGCGUAAUCAAGCGGUCCACUCUUCUCCGCCUGAAGCUACUGUCGCAGCCGCAGUACAGGCUGAGUGACGUCAUGCGGGAGUCACUGCUACGGGAUGGCCUCCACCCCAUCUUGACCGAGCCUCACCUCAUCGCGCUGGACCGCCGUCUGCAGUAUGUUCUCAGGACGGUGCAGAAGUGUGUGAAAAGGCUGGGCGAGGCACAAGUGGUGGCUGAGGACUUCAUUGAAUCGAAGAGGACAGUGAACCCCAUCAGCAGAUAGCACUGACCAAGAGGAAGAAGCGGAGGAUCGUGGGAAACAGGACUAUCCCCUUUGUUAGUAAGCACCAAGAACAAGCACUGGAUAACUUAAGACGUCUCCAUUUUUUCCUAAUUUUUAUUACCUCGAACCCUUAUCAAAUGUGUUGGAUUUCAGAUUUUUCAAUUGCUCUGCAGCCCGGAACCCCAGAAAGAUUUAAUUUAAUUUUAAAAGCACAGUCAACAGUUUCUUACUGUUCUGGGAGCAGGCUGUUAUGUGGGAAGUGGGAACAGGAAGUGAUAAAAUAAAAAUGUCAAUUUAAGUUCA